CUCUAUGUACCUAAAGAACAACUCAAUUCAGUAGCUAGCUUGCUAGCUAUGGCGACUCCAGAAGAGGCAAAGCUCGAAACUUUCUUUCAGUGGUUACAGGCAAAUGGGGUGGAGCUACGAGGCUGCAAGAUCAAGUACUGUGAUUCCAGAAAAGGGUUUGGCAUAUUUUCCGAUAAAGAUGUCUCUGAUGGUGUUUUGUUGGUUGUUCCGCUUGACUUAGCAAUUACUCCCAUGAGGGUGAUGCAAGAUCCUCUUCUAGGGCCAGCAUGUAGAUCCAUGUUUGAAGAAGGACAUGUGGAUGACAGGUUGCUAAUGAUGCUCUUGCUGACUGUGGAGCGAUUGCGCAAGAAUUCUCUGUGGAAACCGUACCUUGAUAUGCUCCCAACCACUUUUCACAAUCCACUUUGGUUUAGCGAUGACGAACUUCAAGCACUAAGAGGAACAACUUUAUACCGUGCAACUGAGUUGCAGAAGAAAAGCCUGGUAUCUUUAUAUGAAACUAAAGUGAAGGAUUUGGUGAAGAAGCUUUUGACUCUUGAUGGAGCUUCAGAGAUUGAGGUGCGCUAUGAAGAUUUCCUUUGGGCCAAUUCAGUAUUCUGGAGCCGUGCUUUGAACAUUCCGAUGCCUCGUUCUUAUGUAUUUCCAGAAAUGCAAGAAGCUCGAGAAAGUUGCAUUCCAGAAGGUGAUGGAAAAGGGAGUCAGGUUAAACAAUCCGAAAAUCUAACGAAGGAAAUGAUGUGUACCACGACGCAAGGAGACACUGUUUGGGUAGAGGGUCUUGUCCCUGGCAUUGACUUUUGCAACCAUGAUCUGAAGCCGAUAGCAACAUGGGAAGUUGAUGGAACUGGUUCAACAACAGGGGCUCCUUGCUGCAUGUACCUUCAAUCUGCUUCUCCAAGUCCCUUGCAGAUUGAUCAAGAAAUUUCCAUCAGUUAUGGCAACAAAGGAAAUGAGGAACUUCUAUAUCUGUAUGGUUUUGUCAUUGAUGAUAACACAGAUGACUAUCUCAUGGUUCACUAUCCAGCAGAAGCACUCAAUACUAUUUCUUUUUCAGAGUCCAAAAGCCAGCUGCUCGAAGUGCAGAAGGCUGAAAUGAGAUGUCUUUUACCUAAAGCUUUGCUGGAACAAGGAUUUUUUCCAUUAGGCACCCAAAAUAAAGGAGAAAACAACAAUGGCAAGGUUGAUCAAGUCGCCAACUAUAGUUGGAGUGGUCAGCGUAAGACGCCAUCGUAUGUAAACAAGCUGGUUUUUCCUGAAAAAUUUAUGACUACUUUGAGGACCAUAGCCAUGCAAGAAGAUGAACUUUACAAGGUUUCCUCAAUGCUUGAAGAGCUUGUAGGACCUGAAGGGGAGAGAGAACUAUCUGAUACAGAUGUGCAAGCAGCAAUAUGGGAGGUUUGUGGUGAUUCCGGAGCUUUCCAAAUUCUUGUUGAUCUUCUUCGUGUGAAGUUGAUGGAUCUUGAAGAGGGUUCUGGAACAGAAGAAAGUGACCUUGAUUUGCUCAAGAAGGCUCUUAUUAUUGAUAGCCACGAAAAUAACAAACAUCCAAGCAAAAUGGAAAAUGAGUCAGAAGAACAAGAACGCAUUGUGAUGAGUAGAAACAAGUGGUCUUCAAUUGUAUAUAGGCGUGGCCAAAAGCAGCUAACAAGGUUAUUCUUGAAAGAAGCAGAACAUGCUCUUCAGUUAUCACAAAAUGAACAAGACUUUACUGUUCCUUAAAUACUAUGUCAUUCUUAAUGUCUGGUCUUUUUUCUUGUUCAAUUCCCUAUUACUUAAUCAAUGGUUGAUUUGGUUGAGGUUUGAGGCAUAGUUUGCUAGAUCUCUCUCUCUCUGUAAAGUCAAAUUUGAAAUUUGUUCUCAUUUGCUCUUGCAAUCCAAAAUUAGACUCUGAUAAAUUUUGAGUUUAGAGUAAAUACUGUUACUUA